GCAUCCUCUCGACUGACCUCGUCAGAGGAAUGCAGAGCACAGUAUCAUUAGGAGAAUUGGUUUGGGGCGGUGCAUCACGAGCAGAGCCCAUCCACCACUGGAGGGAUCAAAUCUGUGCCAUCUGACGCUCAAGGAUUUAUGGGUUUAGUCGAAAUUGCUUUUCCCAGUGUGGAGAUUAAGCUGUGUGUGAUGUUAACAGGACAGACAUCCGUGUUCGUUCAAGCUGCGCCACUAAAGAAAGGACUGAGGCUGGCUCCAGCUGCAGAGCGUGGAGGAUGUGAACACUGAACAGGGAUAUGAGCACCAUGCAGCUGGAGACUGUGUUUGUGUUCUUCUGCGUCUGUCUGGUGGGCGCCACCGGAAGAACGGCCCACAAAAGAGGUCACAGACCGGAGCCCUACAAGCAAAGCAGAUUUAGGAGAGAAACGACACGAGUGGAUGGAGGAACCCACAAGUCUGGCAGCCCAAUCUUCAGAAGAAGUCCAGACAUGACAAAGUCUCCUAUGACCAAAUCUGAGCAGCUGUUGAGGAUAGAUGACCAUGAUUUCACAAUGAGACCUGCGUUUGGAGGACCUCCGAUUCCAGUAGGUGUGGAUGUCCAGGUUGAAAGCCUCGACACCAUCUCUGAGGCUGACAUGGAUUUUACCAUGACCCUGUAUUUGAGACAUUACUGGAAAGACGAGCGCCUGUCCUUCCCGAGCACCAAUAAUCAAAGCAUGACGUUCGACAGCCGGCUGGUGAAGAAGAUCUGGGUGCCCGACAUGUUCUUUGUUCAUUCCAAAAGAUCUUUCAUUCACGACACAACAACAGAAAACUUGAUGCUACGAGUGUAUCCCGACGGAAACGUCCUGUACAGUCUGAGAGUGACCGUCACAGCCAUGUGUAACAUGGACCUGAGUCGAUUUCCUCUGGACACACAGACGUGCUCACUGGAGAUCGAGAGCUAUGCGUACACUGACGACGAUCUAAUGCUUUACUGGAAGAAGGGUAACGAGUCGCUGAACACCGAUGACAAGAUUUCUCUGUCCCAGUUUCUCAUCCAGAAGUUCCACACCACAACUAAGCUUGCGUUCUACAGCAGCACAGGCUGGUACAAUCGUCUCUACAUACACUUCACUCUUCGGCGUCAUGUCUUCUUCUUCCUGCUACAAACAUAUUUUCCGGCCACGCUGAUGGUCAUGCUGUCCUGGGUGUCCUUCUGGAUUGACCGCAGAGCCGUACCUGCGAGAGUUCCUCUCGGCAUCACGACGGUUCUCACGAUGUCCACCAUCAUCACUGGGGUCAAUGCCGCAAUGCCCAGAGUCUCCUACAUCAAAGCGGUGGACAUUUACCUGUGGGUCAGCUUCGUCUUCGUCUUCCUCUCUGUCAUCGAGUAUGCGGCCGUCAAUUACCUGACCACGGUGCAGGAGCGCAGAGAGAGAAAGCUCAGGAAUCAAUUACCUUGCACGUGUGGAAUAGUGAACCCAGACGGGGACAUGAUGAUGACCACAUGCUACAGUGACGUUGAUCCCAACACAGCAGGGACUUAUGGGAUGCCUGAAAACGGCGCGAGGCAGGAGCGAAUCUUGGCCCAGCUGACCCUUGCUGACAGCCAGAGGACGAGUCGUGUGAAGACGCCCCGGGGAUACGUCAACGUCUGGAUAGACACUCAUGCCAUAGACAAGUACUCAAGAGUGAUCUUUCCUGCCGCUUACACGCUCUUCAACAUCAUCUACUGGUCCAUCUACUCCUAACACCACAGCGGAUCUGAGAGAACCAGAACAUCAUCCACUGCGUCUCUCUGCCUUCUCCAUCCAGGAUCUCGAACUCUUCGUAUUUUUAAGUGUUGCAUGUUUUUAUUAUUUAACAAAAGCAACUACUUGAGUUGAAAUAUGUAUUUAAAUAAUCUGUUAUUCCUCACAAAUAAAAAUAAGAAGCCAUUGGUGUGAAAGUCUCAGAAUCAGAGGACUGAGUCCAUUUCUCCUUCAAGAAUGAGUAAACAUUAGUUAUUUUAAUGCCUGUAUUUACCAGGGACGUCAAUCAGUGAAAUUCUUUUAAUUGUUAUUUGCAAAAUGUUGUUGUGAUCACACAUUAAGAAAACUGAAUGAUGUGUUUUUUUUGUCAGUUUGUGUGUGAAUAUACAGUUUCCUUACACUUCAUGGACAUACAGUAACUUUACAUACGUAGUCCUCCAAUGCGCUCACAUGAACCAUUCUGCACAAUAUUGAUAUUUUCUUGGGUUGGG